GGUCUGAGAAAAAACAUGGCGCCAUCCGCGUAACGCAGAAAAUAAUACAGCUCAAAUAUAAAUAAAUAAAGCGAUUAAGGAUUAUUGCAGGUUAUCGCUUGUUUUGUUGUCUUGUCGGUUUGACACCAUGCCAGCUUUUCGGCAAGUGGGAGAGAAGCAGCUCCCCAAUCCUGUGCUGUGUAUGGCAUGGUCUCCUAAAAGAGAUCUUAUUGCACUUGCCAACACUAGUGGAGAGUUGCUCCUCCAUCGCUUGGCCAGUUUUCAGCGAGUUUGGAGUUUACCACCAAGUGAGUACACAGGGAAGGACAUCACAGCGCUGGCCUGGAGACCUGAUGGAAAAAUUCUUGCCUUCAGUCUUGGAGAUACAAAGCAGGUGGUCCUCUGUGGUGUUGAAAAAGCAGAAAUCCUUCAUGUGUUUUCGAUACAGAGUCCUGUGACCUGCAUGCACUGGGUGGAGGUGACAGAAGAGAACAGUGCACUGACUGCCUUUUACAACUCUGAGGAUGAAUCAGUACUGUUCUUGCCCAAGCUGCCAUCACUUCCAAAGAGCUACAGCACUACAUCAAAAAUUUUCAGCGAAGAAAAGUCAGAUGAAAUCACUAAUCUUUUGGGAGAAGUCAGGCUCAACAUACUUGUCCUUGGAGGAGACAAUGGCUCUGUAGAGCUUUAUGCCUACGGGAUGUACAAGAUUGCCACUGUAAGCGGAAUUUCAGGAACGUGUCGUAGCCUUGGUCUGUCCAGUGAUCUGAAAUCUCUGUCCAUCAUCACAGAGGUGAGGUCGGCCGAUAACGACCCAGAGAUCUGCUAUUGUCAGCUGGACACAGGGCUGCUGUCUGAUUGUCUACCAGAGGUGACCAGGAUGGCUCGUAAGUUCACCCACAUUUCCACGCUACUCCAGUAUCUGCACCUCUCUCUCACUUGUAUGUGUGAGGCCUGGGAUGACAUCCUGAUGCAAAUGGACCAUCGGCUUACCAAAUUUGUCCAGGAAAAGAACACAAGUACUCAAGUUCAUGAUGAGUUUCUGGAGCUGUUGCUUUGGGGGCAAUCAAGCCCUGAACUACAAGCACUUCUCAUGAAUCAACUCACGGUCAAGGGGCUAAAGAAGCUGGGCAUGUCCAUUGAGUCGUCUUACUCCAGUAUUCAGAAGCUUGUUAUCAGCCAUUUACUAAGUGGCUCUGAGGCGCUGCUGUACCACCUCAGUGAGGUUAAAGGGAUGUCACUUUGGAAACAGAAGUUUGAGCCUCUUGGGUUGGACUCAGCGGCUGUAGAGGGUGCAAUUACAGCUGUGGGCUCAUUUUCAUUAAAGGCUAAUGAACUUCUACAGGUCAUUGACAAAAGUAUGAAAAACUUUGCAGCAUUUUUUCGAUGGCUGUAUGUAGCAAUGCUAAGAAUGUGUGAGGAGCAUGUGCCUCCUGAGCUCAAUAAGAUGACUCAGAAGGACAUAGCAUUUGUUUCGGAUUUCCUGUCUGAGCAUUUCAGCGAGAAUAAAGAGCUCUUUGAUAGAAAAGGGAAGUACUUUAACGUUGAAAGAGUUGGUCAGUACUUGAAAGAUGAAGAGGAGGACCUUGUGUCUCCACCAAACACCAAAGGAAACCAGUGGCUCAAGUUUUUACAUGAGAGCACACACUUGAAAGAAAGCCCAUUGCUGUUUCCUUCGUAUCCCCAAAAGUCUCUGCACUUUGUUAAGAGAAUGAUGGAGAGAGUCAUUGAGCAGUGUCUACAGAAACCUGCAGAAGUUAUUGGAAAGUCCGUACAUCAGGCUGUCUUUUUGCCUCUUUACACUGUGCCAGAAAGUUCAGAAAACACUCCACGUCUGUUUGAGCUUCCAUCUUUGUGGAAUGACAAAAAAGCCAAGGUUCACAAUGUAGUUUUCAGCAUGCCAAAAAUGUCACCGUCCAAACUCUACCUAUUACAAAAAGCUACAGACCCACACAGACACAUUGCAAACAAUGUGAUGUCCAUUGAUCUUAGCCACAUACUGGACAAUGUGGACGAUGACAAUGCCACAGCACAUUCUAGUUAUGUGUACAGUUGCCUGGAUGCUCGUUUCUAUGACGAUGAAAUGUUAACCAUAAUCUUGCAAGAACCAGAGGGAGAAAAUGGGAGGCGCAUUUUGGCUCAGCUCCCUCUCACUUCCACUCUGGGCUGUGACACUGAGUUUAUGUGGGAGCCCAACAAGAGGUUGGAUCAGCAGACCAGUGCUAUCCCAUGCCAAGGUAUUGUGUUGGGAAACCAGUGGCGGGAACUUGAAAAUAUGAAGGCUCAGUUUGUGGCUGUUAACGGCAUUCGUAAAGUGGCCUGUGUGCUGAGUGCAAACCUCAGGCACGUCCGGGUUUUUGAGAUGGAUGUGGAAGAUGAGGAUGACGAAGGAGUGGACUCUCAAAAUGUAACUGCUGAGCAGGACGUCCUGGAGACAACCAUGUCCAGUCAGGGACAAGAAGAGGAGGGUGCAACAGCGAAGGACCAGACUGAGGAGAGCAGAGAUACAGAGGACAAACUGGAGUCAGAGGAAUCACUUGAACUUUCUUAAUGGCAGUUAUAUUGUGGUAAAUCAUUUGUAAAUUCAGAAGAACAACAACAAAAAUUCUAAAAUAAAUUUGUCAAAAAUUU